CCAUAACCCAUUCAUUCAUUCUUGUUCUUCAAACUUCUAUCACAAUUCUUUAAUAAUCCUUCUUUCAUCACUUUCUCUCACACCCAUUUUUUCAAUCUUCCAAAAAUCACCAAAACAAACACUAUAUUACAAAACUUCAUUAAUAUGUCAUCAUCCUCACUUUUUGCUACAAAUGGCAUGGUUUUAGCGACGGCCAUGGCUGCCGUCUCCGGCACCGUCAUCCUCCUUGCCUUCCAUCUCCAGAAACAACCAACCAACACCAACAUAACCCACCAGCCAAGACCAUGCAUCUCUAUAGAUGGGAAGAAGAAGGUGAAAAAGAAAAAGAAAGUUCACUUUGCAAAAGAUGUGAUGGAACCAAGUGGGAAUGGGGAAGAGUUUAGAAAGAGACUACAAAGUAAGAAAUUUCAAAAGAUGAGGACUAAUUCGUCAUUGUUCAAAGAUGAAGGGGGUAAAAAGAAAGUUAUUAUGCCAGCUAAUAGAAUGGCUCUUUACACUGGAAUUCUCAGAGAUCGAAGUGUUCACCGGUUUGCUUAUUCAUGAUUUUUUUUUUCUUCUAAUUUUCUUCACUGUGAAAAUUUAGUCCUUAUUGUUUGUGUAUAAUACAUGUUUGAUCCCUUAUCUUUCAUAGGGUUGUAAAAUACAUCCUUUUUUGGUCAUACAAUAUGAGUAUUAUACUGUUUGUUUUUGUAA